AUGACUAUCAUCAAAUCAAUUUCCUCAAUGGGCUCCUUCAACGCCUCGUCGAUCAGCAAUGGAUCCAUUGCCAGUGGAAGAAUGAACUCCUUCGGCCAAUCAUCUAACGCCACCUCUGGUAUUGUUGCCACUCUUGCCAGUGACUUGAAGCCAGCAAUUGAUGGUGUUACCCAGACUGUCAACUCGACACUCAACACUGUGAUCAUGACUGUUGAUGGUAUCACUUCUGGUAUCCUCGGUAUCUAA